AUGAGUGAGCCCACCGACAUCAAGGCCACCGGCGGCGCCCCGGAGAUCCAACACGCCGACGAGAAGGGCGCCCACCAGAUCGAGGACACCUUCAACCUCGACAAUGAGGCCAAGCUCGAGGCCUACAAGGCGGCUGCCAUGGAGGCAGAGACGGCCGAGCAGAAGUCGGGCGUGCUCCAGGCCGUCAAGGAGUACCCCAUGGCCGCCCUGUGGGCGUUUGUCAUGUCCUGCACCAUUAUCAUGGAGUCGUACUGUGUCUUCCUUGCCGGCAACUUCAUCGCCCUGCCCAGGUUCGCAGAAAGGUACGGAGUGUUCAGCGACAAGGAGGGCAAGAUGAUCAUCGAGGCGAGCUGGCAGUCUGCCCUCCAGAUGGGCGGGCCUCUCGGUGCUCUCAUCGGCGUCCUCAUUGCCGGCCCCAUCACCAGCAAGAUCGGUUACCGCUGGGCCACCAUCGGCGGCCUCAUGCUCCUGAACGCCUUCAUCUUCAUCUUCUACUUUGGCGACUCGCUUCCCGUCUUCUUCGUCGCACAGCUUCUCGAGGGUAUCCCCUGGGGCAUCUUCAUCGCCAACGCCCCAGCCUACUGCAGCGAGAUCACCCCCAUCCAGCUGCGGGCCCCUGCCACUCAGAUGCUGCAGAUGUUCUGGGCCAUUGGCGCCAUCAUCGUCGGCGGUGCGACCUUCCACUACAACAAGCUCAACGAGGAUCUCGCUUAUAGGGUCCCCAUCGCGCUCCAGUGGAUGUUCCCAACCCCUCUCGCUAUUCUCAUGUUCAUCGCGCCCGAGUCGCCCUGGUGGCUGGUCCGGAAGGGUCGCCUAGCAGACGCAGAAAAGGCUGUGGCGCGCCUGGGGCGCAGGACGAGACUGAACGCCAGCGAGUCCGUCGCCAUGAUGCGCCGUACCGUCGACCUUGAGAAGACGAUAAAGGAGCCCAACCUGGCUGAGCUCUUCAAGGGCACCGACCUCUACCGUACCCUCAUCGUGUGCGGUGUCUACGCGGCGCAGAACCUGACGGGCAACCUCAUCGCCAACCAGGCCGUCUAUUUCUUCGAGCAGGCUGGCAUCGACACGAACACCGCGUUUGCCCUGGGUCUCAUCACCUCGGCCCUCCAGAUGGUCUUCGUCAUGCUCUCCUGGAUUCUCACCACCUACCUCGGCAGGCGAACCAUCUACGUCUGGGGUUCCCUCAUCAACGUCGGCUUCCUCAUCGCCCUCGGUAUCGCAGGCUCCGUCGGAGCCUCAACAGCGGCCUCCCUGGCGCAGGCGUCCCUGGGCCUCAUCGUCUCGGUCCUGUUCACCCUGGGACCUGCGCCCGCCUCGUGGGUCAUCAUCGGAGAGACUUCCUCCAUCCGCCUGAGGCCUCUGACGACCGGUGUCGGACGUGCUGCGUACUACAUCGUCAACAUUCCUUGCAUCUUCCUUGCAAGUUACAUGCUCAACCCUGACGAGGCCAACCUCGGUGGCAGGUGCGGUUACGUCUGGGCCGGCACCGGCUUCGUCUGCUUCCUCGCCGCCUUCUUCUUCUUGCCCGAGAUGAAGAACCGUUCCUACCGCGAGAUCGACAUCUUGUUCAAGCGCAAGGUCCCCGCCCGCCAGUGGACAAAGACUGUUGUCGAUAUCGAGGCCGACGAGUAG